AAUGGGGAACAUGAAAUUUUUUUGUUUUUGGAAAUUCUUAUUCCUGUUCGUGCCAACCAUUGAUGCUGUGCAGCGUUUCGUAGAACUACCCACGUACACCGAGGUGAAUCCAGGGGAAGACGCGUUGCUUAAAUGUCGGAUAUCUGACAAGAAAGGAGUUUGUUCGUGGCAGAAGGAUAAUAAGCCAGUUGGCAUCUAUCGAGGUAAAUACGAGUGGGCUAAUGAAGACAGUCCCAUGGGUGGAGAUUGCUCGCUGUGGGUGCGAGCGGCAACGCUGCAGCUUGACGAUGGACAGUGGCAGUGCCAGGUCACAGCCAGCAACUAUGAUGUCCAGGAUGCUCUAUCUAGUCCACCAGCAGCCCUCGCAGUGCGUGUACCACCCCAAACUCCUCGGAUCCUGUACAACGGAUCCCACAUCAUGCCUGGUCAGAACAUCACCGUGCCAGCCGGAGGUCGAGCUACUGUGGUCUGCGAAGCUAGAUACGGCAACCCACCCGCUUACAUCGAAUGGUAUUUAGAGAAAGAACGUCUAACAGCCUGGAGUCAAACUAAUUCAUCAGAAGUUGAGCGACCGAGGGUGUGGGCAGCACGGUCAGUCCUUGAACUUGGAGCAACCAGAUCAGCACAUGGCAGACAACUGUCCUGCAGAGCUCACCAUCCCUCGUACCCGUCUCCGUAUUACAGGGACUCUUACACCAUGCUGGAUGUUACAUUUCCUCCAGAAGUUUCCAUCAUAGGAGCCGAUGCCAGUUCCCUUGCGAGUCUAGAAGAAGGUUCAAGCGCGUUGACCCUCGAAUGCAGAGCAGAUGGCAAUCCGAGCCCUUACGUUUGGUGGACGAAGGACGGCCAAGUAAUUGGUACUAACGGACCUAAGCUCAUUAGAGCUCCUAUAUCGAGGAAUGACUCAGGGAUAUAUGGAUGCCAAGCAAGAAAUUCACUGGGAACCUCUGACUCUGUCAAAAUUGAAAUAGAUGUUAAAUUUCCACCAAGAGUUACGUGGGUAGGACCAGACACAGUUGUUGAAGCGAAUUUAUUUUCUGAGGUCACCUUGGAGUGCAAAGCAGAUGGAAAUCCCUCGCCUUCUUACCAGUGGUAUCAUAAUCCUAACCUCUCUGCUCUAAGUGGGCACCUAGAAGAUGGAUACCCGAUUUCCUCCACACCUCAGCUGCUGUUACACAACGUUUCGUAUACUCAGCAUGGCCGCUACACUUGCAUCGCGUCCAAUCACAUAGGACUUGAGGAAAGGAGCCACCAGUCAGAAGCGAUCACUCUCAACGUCCUGGGCCCUCCAGUUGGAGAGCCUAUGACUACAGCGCAUGCGUGGAGUGGCACCGAGGGCAGAGUGCAAGCUUCCGUUUGCGCAGACCCUCCCCCUAGAAGAGCCGCUUGGUUGUGGGGCAGCUUGAGGCUCGACGUACCAUCACAUGUUGGUCGAUACAAGACGUUAGAGCCAACCAACAUCAACGGCUGCUAUCGGUACACUCUGCUUAUCAGCAGCACUAGUCUUUCCGACGCGAGGGUGUACGUGCUACAUGUGGAGAACGAGCGUGGGUUCUCGUCACACUCUGUUGCUCUUACUGUUCAUGAGAAUUUUUCGCUAACAGAGACAGCGCACGUGGCGCCGCUCAUCGCAGCCGCUCUGCUCAUAGCCGCGCUGCUUGUGAUUGUGCUGUGUCUUAUCGUACGCUGCAAACGGCGGAGAGAAAGUGUCGAGUACAAGACUGAUGAUUUAGAUAGCGAGAAGACAGUGCUGCCAGCGGACGCGGUGUACUCCCCACGGGACCAGCCCCGUGCCAGUGCCCGGGUAGGGACAGUAGCGGAACGUGCAGGUCCCGGGACGGGCGCGCGUUACUCGCCCGGUGCGCUGCAGGUGCGGCGAGCGGCCGUCGUGCUACAGCCCCCCACCACCGUGUGAACUGCACAGGCAGCUUUGUCGGCGUUGGAACAAGAAGCCAAAGAAAACGUUUAUGCGGUCCUUGAUCCGCAUAUUCAGUACGAGUUAACUAUAAAUAAGCACGGGGAACCGCCUAAGUACUUAUCGCUAUCAAAGCC